CUUCGAAACAUGGACUUGAGGUAUUAUGGAAUUAUCUAAUGGAGAUCAGAAAAGCCGACGUCGAUUUCGGAGAUGAGCAGUAUAGGGAUCUACUUUUCUAUACCCUUGACGCAAAUCAACCUAAUAUUGUGAAGAAACUCCUCGAGAAUGAGAACAUAGACAUCAACCUUCCCAACAGAUAUGGGACGACUCCCUUGCUCCAGGCGAAAUCCCAAGGGCACCACGACUCUGUUAAACAUCUUCUGGACACUGGACGGUUGCGAGAGGACAGCCAAACACUGCUCAUGAUCGCGGUUUCUAUUGGAUCAGAGGAACACGUCAGUCUUCUUCUGGAUAGAGAUGACAUCGACAUAGACGCCGAAGACACGGAUGGCCAAACCGCCUUAACUUUGGCUGCGAAAUACGGGUUCAAAGAGAUUGUCGAAUGCCUUCUCGACAAGGGCAAUGCUGAUGUUGAAACCACAGACCGCUGGAGAUGGUCACCGCUUUGGACGGCUGCAAUGUCGAUGCACCAUGAUAUAGUCGAUGCCAUAUUUGAGCGAUUGAAGGAAAGGAGGGGAUCUGAUCUGGAGAAGGAGCGGGAGCUGACCACGUUACUUUCUAAGGUGGGGCUUUCCUCAAUGAUACCCCACAGAGAGCGUACCCCGCUUUGGUGGGCUGUUCUCAAUGGGCAUGACAGAAUAGUCGAUUUGCUCGUUCGUGUUGGAAAGGUCGAUUUGCAAGGCGAAGAUACGUCAGGCAGGUCACUGCUGCUGUGGCUUGCAGGGAAUGGAUGCAGCGCCGCUGCGUUCAAUGCACAACUGGACCUAAACUCCAAAGAAGACGCGAAAGAUUCUCGACCAAGUAGGACCGGCGAAAUGAUUAGGAUUGCAGAAACAAGUUUAAGAAACGUGAGAAGACAACGAUUCAGUACAAGGUCGCCUGUAAUGCAACAAGUAUCUGCUGGACAUCAGGCGAUAUUGGAGAUGCUUCUCGCAACGAGCCUCUGUAAUGUCAACGCUCGGGACGAGUUCGGGCGAACGCCAUUAUGUAUCGCAGCGUUGAAUGGCAACACAGCGAUGACCAGGAUUUUGCUCAACGUAGACGGCGUCGAUGUUGAUGCGAGGGAUGGUUUUCAAAUUACACCUUUCCUACACGCAGUAUCAACGGGGUCCUGCGCAGUUGUUAGGCUACUCGUCAAAACGCGCAAGGUAGACUUGGAAUCACACCAUACGGGACUGGCUACAGCUCGGCAGCUGACAAGACGCAAGGCAAUGAUCAAAUUGUUGGACAAUUGCGCCUUGGUGUAUUGAAGAGAUCCCCGUGCUUUGUACACAUGGUUUGAUUGGUGGUUCACUUAAGUAAAAGAGGCCAACACCAUACUGGUAAUCUUGGGUUGAAGAAGAGUUUGGGUUGCAUGAUUUGAAGGUUACGGUCAG